AUGGGGCAGUCCAAGUCACAGGGAAAUGGCGACACCGCGGCCGAUACCAGGAAGUUGCGCAACCGGCUUUCUCAGCGUGCUUUUCGCGCACGACAGUCGGUGUACAUUAAAGAACUCGAGGAGAAGUUGAAAUGGGCGUCAAAGCCUGACUAUGACAUCAACACCCGUCUCGAGGAGGAGAACAAAAGAUUGCGUUCACAGCUGCUAGAUUGCCAGAAGAAACUAGACUCCCUUAUCGUAUCAAUGGAGUUGGUCUCCAAGUCACUUACGAAAGCAACUAACAUUGAACAGUCGGACGUCAGAGAUCAAUCUCAGUCCAGGAGCCCGAGCCUUGGGAACGAAGUGGCUCUCUCGGACAACCCGGAACAACCGAAUUUAGCGUUUGAAGACGAUUCAAUAUUACCAGAUUUGGACUCCCUGCUUUUCCAAGAUGAAAACGAUAUCACAAAUACAUUGAACUCGGAUCAACAGGAAUGCUCACCGACAAAUCAAACGGGCCCGAUGACAUUUGACCUCGACACGCUCGAGCAAAAUCCCCCCGCCUUUUAUGCUCAGAUUGAACAUAAUAUACCGUUUAAUCCCAUGCAAACAUUUUCAUUCAAGCAAAUGAUGGGGGUUGAGCGCUACGCACACAUUGCCUCUAGUGGAUCUUCAUUAACAGUGGGCAAGAUGGAAUUUCAAAGCACAAACUCUGUCUUUUCAGAUCAUAUAUCCAGCUGGGAGCACUAUUUGAGAAGUAAUUGGCAUCGGUCAGCGGGUCUUCUCACCCAGAAAACUGACAGUCUCAUGACGGCCGCCUACUUCAUGGUGUCUUCCUUCAUUUGCCUAUCAUGGCCCUUAAUGACCUCCUGGCAUACAUAUACUAGGGCACAUAUUCCUGUGCUAAAGCUCACGGCGUGGCACAUCGAUCCCAGUCCCCAGACAUAUAAUGCUCUGUCCAAGAGCUGGCGCCCAACGCAGCUUCAACUGUCGUCCAAACACCCGUCUAUCAUUGACUGGAUUCCAUUCCCAACGCUGAGGGAUAAAUUAAUAUCCUGCCAUGCGGCCAAUCCUUGCCUAGACGAUGUAAUAUGUGAAAUCGGAAACUCCUAUGUCAUGGAAACAGAUUUGUCAAAACUCAUCGCCAAUAUCCCACCCACUGAAGGAUACGUAUCCGUAUGGGACCUCGUGCGAGCCAUAUCUCCGCAGGCUACUCGUCGCCAUUCUGAUGCAGAAACCGAACUCUCCAUUUGGGAUGUUCCUCUUGGCCCUGACUCUUACUCUAACCUAAUCCUGGAUUUGAAACCCGAAGAGGAAGAGGCUCCUGCGCCAUCCCUACCUGCCCCCGAUAUAAAAUCACUUUUCAGUUCGAAGUCGCUGGCUCUUCAGUGUUUUAAACUGUUGGGCAUGGACCGCGGAGCAUGUUUCUUCCGACUAGACCCAGCCUUUUUUGAAAACCACCCAGAGCUCUACGAUCCGCGAGAGAACCUCAUGGCGAGAGGUGUUCCUCUGAGGUCACCGAAUCGACAAUCAAUGUCCGUUCCGCCGUCUUUGGACACUUCCGUGCUUGAACAGUAUAAGAACAUAUCGUCUUGGACAGUGGAUCUGUUAACUGAAGGGGUUCUUCCCGUCACUCACUUGAAUUACAACAAGUUAAGCUGA